AAAUAGCUUUAUCGGCAAGUCUCAAUGCCUCAUUAUUGAGAGAGGUUGCUGGCUGCAGAAAAACCCCUGUCAGUACCUGACUGACUCCGGUGUCCUUCAGAACCUCCCUUGAGAGGGAGGGAGGGGGAGACUGUGUGUGUGUGUGUGUGUGUGUGUGUGUGUGUGUGUGUGUGUGUGUGUGUGUGUGUGUGUGUGUGUGUGUGUGUGUGUGUGUGUGUGUGUGUUAAGAGAAGAAACUGCUUGAAGAAAUUCCGUCUCCUGCACUUCACCUUGCUGGCUGCCUAGGUGUAGGCUUUGUCAGGCUGCCAAGGCCAAGCUUCAGAAUGAAGCUGCUAUCCUCCCUGUCUGCUGGAGAGGAAUUCCGAUGCGGAGCAUAACGAUGUGCAGGGAAUGAUCCUGAAAUCCCAAGCCCAUGGGACGGAAGAGCACCACAAGCGUCCUAGGGUAUUGAUUUUGCAGGAGCUCUCUGCCGUUAAGAUAAUGUUGAAGUUCAGGGCCGACAGGAGGAAGAGCCACAAUGACAGAACAACCACCUUCCAGGACCCAGUGACUGGGGUUGUGCCUAUUGAGAACUGCAUCUUCAAACUGGAAGACAAAGCUAACAUGUCAAACCGGGCAGGAAGUGUGCGAGGCGAAGGAGGAGGUGGGCAGCGCCCAACCAGCAUUGCCAGUGAGAUGUCCAAUCACACCCUGGUUUCAGAAACCUCUCAGGAACAGACUGUUAGGACUUCCAGGUCAUCAAAGAAGAAUGCUGCCUUUGGCAAGAGGUCAAACUCAAUGAAGAGGAAUCCAAAAGCCAAUGUUCUAAAAAGUGGCUGGUUGUUUAAGCAGGCAAGCUCAGGAGUGAAGUCCUGGAACAAGCGCUGGUUUGUGCUGGCAGAUCGAUGCCUCUUCUACUACCGAGAUGAGAAAGAGGAGGCAGUUCUGGCGAGCAUCCCAUUGUUCAGCUUCCGGAUAAGCCCCGUUCAACCUUCAGACAACAUCACCCGCAAGCAUGCCUUCAAGCUGAUUGUAAGCAGACAGCCAGAGGUUUUUCUCAAUAAUGACCGCUCCGUUCAUUAUCAGGCUGAACAUUCGGGUAUCAGGACAUACUACUUGAGUGCGGAGAAUAAGACUGAGAUGGAGGAUUGGAUCAAUGCAAUGAAUGAAGCAGCGAGCAUACAGACCAUGCCUUUGAACAGCUCUGGAAUGAAGUAUGAAUUAAAACCUCCUUCAGAAUUGAACCACACAAGCAAUCGUAAACAGCUGAUUAAACCCGACUUGGAAAAGGUUCGAAGUAAAAUGGACGGGUCUGAAAGAUACAACAGGAAGAGUGAGCAGAAGGACUUGGGCAAUGAGCCAACAGCCAAGGUCAAUGGUGUGACUAUACAGGAUGUGCCCUUUGACACCAACAGUCCUGGUCCAGAGCUGAGAACUCAGCUGGGGCAUGAGAAGCCUGUGCAACCUAAUGGGCACAGCUGGCAGAAUGCUUCCCCUGGUAGGCCUGGUGAAGAGUAUUUGCAACAGGACGGGAUCAAUACAGUGCAUCGGCGGGGCUUUGUCCCACGUACUAACACUGAGAAAAUGGCACAACGCCAAUCCUCACUGACUCAAUUGCAGCAGUGGGUUAACAUGCGCAGAUCUGCACUCCCACAGGACGAACUGAGGAGCUCUCAGGUAUAUCACACGCCGACCAGAGAUGUGCCAGAGUACUAUAGACUGUCAUCGCCCUAUUACCAAGAAGAGUACCCGCAGUUUCUGCAGCCUGGUACACGCCCGGACAGUAUUUGUUCCGUGCCAGCUUAUGACAGAAUGACAGCGCGAUGGUCUGUCGACGAGCGGCAGUCGCCAUUUCUGCCAAGGGAAUGGCAGGACCGCCGGGCGUACAGUGGGCAGGGGUCGCCCGUGUGGCACGGGGCACAGCCCGGGUACAGCCAUGAGGUCGACAGCAUCACCGGCACAAUGCGGAGGAUGUCCCUGCAGCCCCGUUCCCGCUCCGUGCCUCGCUCACCGUCCCAGGCUCCCCUCGUGGUGAACCGCGUCUACUCUCCAGUGAGGUCUCCGAGUGCCCGGUUUGAUAGGUUGCCACACCGAAGGGACGAGAUGUUUGGCACCCCAGCCUACACGCUGCGCCGGUCUCGCAGUGCAAAGCAAUACGACUAUUCUGGAGACAGGAGGCUAUCUGGACUGCAGCCAUAUCACUUCACUGCCUCUCGCUCAAUGCAGGACAGAAUGGAUGAAAUUCUAGAUCUUCAGUUACAAAGGAAGCUAGAAUUUCUGGACCAGCAGGUUCCAUAUCAGGACAGAUUCCAGGACCCACUGGAGCAUUACAAAGUUGACGAAGUGGAGAUUGAUAAACUGCUGGGACGACUUUGUGAGCAAAGCAAGAACCAACGGGAUCAGGAGAAAUGGGUCCUGCAGCUUCGAAAGGAGAAGGAAUCCCUGGAAAGUGCCUUGGAGAAAACCCACCGGGAAAUGGAGAUGUACCCUAACCAGCCAGGUUACACCGAGCAACUUGUACAGAAAAAAGAAUCUCUGCAGAAUCAGUUGAUCAACAUCCGCGGGGAGCUCUCGCAAGCAACCACGGCCUUUGCAAACACAAAGAUGGAGUGCGAUGCCCUCAAAAUGGAGCUGUCCAUCAUUCACAAUGACUUAUGGGAGCAGCUGAACAGCCCCAUGGGAAUGCAGGAUGAGGUGGGGCACAAGCACUUUCAGAAGGAGCUAUGGAAAAUUCAAGAUGUCAUGGAGGGACUACGGAAGUCUUAUCCCGAUCGAAUUACAAUGGAACCCCUUAAACAACACGUGACAAGUGCCCAAAUGGGCACCUUCAGCUCGAACAGUCCCGCCAGCCCCCUGAGCUCCACCAGCCUCACCAGUCCGCUGAGCCCCUUUUCCCCCGUCUCUGAGUCUCAGGUUUCUGCUCAGCAGACAGCCAAGGAGGAAACCCGCCCGCCACGACCUCCCCUUCCGCAGUCCUACCUGCCUCAAGGGUCGCUGCCUGUAGUUCCUCCUCUUCCCACUGAGAGCAGCCUCUGGGCGUACUCUAUCGAGGACAUCUGGGAGCAGGCGGAGAAAGGGAAGACAACUUUGGAGAUGAAGAGAAUGGAAGGAGGCACGGCAAAAUUGGGUCUUGAGGGAUCCAAGAAGGAAGGUCGUUCGAUGUUACAGCCCAGCUCGGAGGGUAACAAGCAGGAUGUAGAAGCUGAGAAACACAACAAAGUAGGUGUUGUUCCUCCAAGGACCAAAUCACCUCCAGAGGAAGUUUCUCCAUCUCCAUCCUCCGUUGUUGUUAGGAAUAAUGAUAAAUUGAAUUAUGACUCUCAGGCACGAGAAAAAUCAAAAGGCAGCGGGUAUCCCAACGACACAAAAUCCAAGAUGAGUAUCGAGGAGCAAGCAGAGCGCAUGAAGCGUCACCAGAAUGGAUCGCUCAAAGGGCACACCAAAAGGCGAAGCCUGACCCUAACAUCAGGCCAGCUGAUGACGGUGGGCUCCAGUAGCCCGAAGCCCAUUGCGCGGAGAGUCACGGUUCCUCGGCGUAAGACCACAGAGAUCGAUAUCACUCACCUAGAGGCAGCUGUCAGGAGGGAACAGACAGGAAACCACCAUGAGACACCGAGGGAAGAGAUUGCCCGACUCAGGAGGAUGGAUGUGGAGCCCGAGCACUAUUCCGUGGACAUUAACAAGGAGUUGUCCACACCAGACAAAGUCUUCAUUCCUGAGCGAUACAUUGAGAUUGAACCUGAGCUUCCUCUCAGUCCAGAGGAGCUCAAAGAGAAGCAGAAGAAAGUGGAACGCAUCAAAACACUCAUCGCAAAAUCCAGCUUGCAGAACAUCAUCCCCCUAAACGAAGGGCUCACCGACACUAACAUAGACCCCGAGCUCCAGCUCCAGGAGCAGGAGAAGAGGAUUGAGAUCUCCUGUGCCCUGGCCACCGAAGCAUCCAGGCGAAGUAGGCUUUUAUCAGUUCCAGCUUCAAGCGCACCAGAUUCUUCAAACCCACCAUCAUCUCCCAUCUCCUCACUGCCACCUCAGAUUACUGACGGAAGCCAUUUAAUGUGUGUCUGAAGAACUCAAGCUGUUGCUGCCAUCAAGUAUCACGGGUCAACAUACUGAAGGCUGUCUGACAUAUAUUGACACCAUCGACAGGGCUGAGUUUAAGACUGAGCAGGAGCCACUGGUACCCAGCAAAGACCAGACUGAACGAUCCCUUCAUAUUCAAAGAAAACAUCUCCUCCCAAGAUGCAAUAUUACUCCAAGAGUUCCAUGUUGUUUUAGUCCUUCAUGUGAUCUGAUUUUGUUUUGUGUUUGAGUAAUGAAUUCUGAGGAACCUGGGCUACCACUGUAAGGUUGAGGUUUCGAGCAGAAGGAAAGUCUAUGAAGACAUUUUAUAUUUUCUAAACUCCCUCAUGAUAUACUGGGGAAAAUAUUUAUGUUAAAAGUGAUUGAUACUGUAUAUUUAUAAACGUCAUAAGAGGAACCAAGUAUUUUCGUAGAAUCCCUACAGUGUGGAAACAGGCCCUUCGGCCCAACAAGUCCACACCAACUCUCUGAGCAGCCCACCCAAUCUACACAUCCCUGAACCCUAUGGGGAAUUUAGCAUGGCCACUCCACCGAGCCUGCACAUCUUUGGACUGCGGGAGGAAAUCAGAGCACCCAGAGGAAACUCACACAGACACGGGGAGAAUGUACAAACUCCACACAGACAGUCACCUGAGGGUGGAAUCAAACCUGGGUCCCUGAUGCUGUGAGGCAGCAGUGCUAACCACUGAGCCACCGUGCAGCCUAAAUUUUUAUUAGAUUCCUGCUGUAUAUUUGAGAGAGAGAGAGAGAACAUGGAGUAGACUGAGGCUCAGUAAGGACUGCACAUUAUACUGGAAGCUGGCGUGUGCAGUGAGACAAGGCAUGUUAGCUGACAGUAAGCAGAACCCCAAGAGGAGAGUUGUAGGGAGAAGAAGUGCCCUAGAUCCCCAGAAGAUGGGUAACUUUAUUUAAAAAAGAAUUCAUUUCAGUAUCAUUUCCCUAGCCAAGGGGUAUCUCAGAGAAGCAGGUUGGACACACUGUCGGACAUGGAACUGACACCAGAGCUUGGAUCACCAGGGAAAUGGUCAUUUCAUGCAAUAUUGAUGCCCAUCAACCACUGACCUUACCAGGGAGCGAGACAAUAGAGUGGGUGCGUAAUCACUAGUGGCACUGAUCACUAUUUGAGUCCCUUGAUGCCAAUGUGAUUCUCACUGCCAACUAUCCACUGAGGGUUGAAGGAGGAGGAUGGACAGAUGUUCCCCCCCACUUUCCAGGUGUGGUGGGGAUCUCAGCUAAUCCUGAACCUGCAUCAAACACUGUACUUGCUUGUUUACUCUGCAUAGCCAGCUGGAGGCCUCUCUCUCGCAGUGUGCAGAAUGAUCUGCAGUUGAUAUGAUCACUGAAAGUGAAGGGGGCCUCAUGAAAGUUUCACCGUGCACAGACCUCAUGGAGCAGAUUGAGGCAGAGAAACCCAUUGUUUCCCAAAAAGAAGACCAAAUAAAUACUCUUCUUGACUUUCCUUCUCUUCCAGACCCAUUACUCUUGGCAAUCAGCAGAUUCUCUCACUGAACAAUUUACUUCAGAAUAAUGCAGAAAAUUGCAAAUAUAUUAUCUCCUCAACCUCUGCUUUCCUGUUAAAUUUCUUUUGUUGUUGUUGACUACUUUGAGAAGCCUGUUUGGGAGAGACUGCAAAAAGUGUGGGCUUUAGUCAUGUUUAAACUAGCUCAAUCUUCAUGUCUGUCCGAAAAUGUGGCUGAAACCAUUUUAUCAGUGGAUACCAUAUCUUUACACAUCAGUGUGCCUUCUCAUUAGCAUUAGCCCCAGCUACUUGUGUUGUCAUGGGGUGAUGUAGAACAGAAUUAUGAUGAAGACUCAAUUUUACAGAGCUUGUGUCAAAUUCAGCGAGUACUUGUUGACUGACUGUUGAUGAGCUUUUCUAUAGCUUGCUAAAUAGGCUAUUGGUGUAUGUCCAGCCUGCCUGAUGGAAUAUCUGAAUGUAUAUGGGAAUCUUCCGUCACUGCUGGGUUAAACUGUUGCAGGGUAUGACUCUAACCUUCCCUCUGUACAUAUGUGCUGUAUAAAGUUGAAAAGUUUAUGCCAGAAUUUACAAAGUACUGAACUCCUCCUUUGCCCAGCCCUGGUGUGGCUGUCUUAUCAGUCUAAGGUCCCACUGUGUAGACAUUUGACAUGGGACAACCAACCUGAUAUCUCUCUAGGCGGCACCAGUUUUGCCAGUUUCAAACCGCGCUCUGUUAAGGUCAGCACUGACAAGUAACUAGGUCUAGGCCCGAAACGUCAGCCUUCCUGCUCCUCUGAUGCUGCUUGGCCUGCUGUGUUCAUCCAGCUCCACAUCUUGUUAUUUCAGUAACAUGACUAUGACUGGUUAGUUUUUUUUGGUUAUAAGUUCCUUAAGGCAUUUUUUCCGUUUAACUGCUCUCCCACAACCACCAAUCCAUCUUUCAGAAGCAUGUGGAGCUCUCAAAAGUUAGCAAAGGACUGGAUUGGGCUUCUCUGUGUUCUGUUCUGUGAAGAUCACACCCAGUUGGCCUGACGCUUCUUAGUACUUCUCUAAAAAUUUGUGCUAGCAAGGCGAGAAAUCUGGGCAGCAGAUGAAUACUGCAAGUCAAGCAGGGGUUUGAAGCGGGAAACCUCAUUCUUGUCUGUGGCAUUUCUGAGACAUAGCCAUGAUGGUGAAGGCAGUAGUUCUGGUGAGCAUCAGGGGUAAUUGGAAUGUGCUGAAGGGAAACUUAUGCAGUCAUCUUGAGGAAUGAGUGUAGUGCAAUUUAGAAUACAUAGCAGAUAUUUACCAGCUCGGAGUUGAUGUUGAUCAUGUGCUGGUCUUUGAGAACGUCAGUGCCAUUGAGCAACCUGA